UUCCUUAUGAUCUGAGGUUUUGUUGGACAUAGGGAGAACAGUUUAUUUUUUAGGAUUAGGACCUCUAGUCUUUUGCACUAUCUAUUUAUUUCAGACGAGUCCAUCAUUCUAAAGUCUCGGACUGAGAAAAUUCCUCAAAAUUAGCUUCCUUGUUGAGCAAGUAGAGGAAGGGGAGACCUAAGAGUCCACUAUCAUUUUGGAUAUCUCUCUGCCUGCCAGGUAUCCUAUCACUUUUGAUCUGAGAUGGUGGAUAUCCCAGAUUUUCCUCAUUGGUCCCAGAGUUCAUCUUUAUCCAGUUGUCUCCUCCUCCUUCUCUAUUUUAUGGAGCUGAAUGCAGAAGAACUCAUGGUGUUUGGUUAUAGAGAACCUAUUCUGGCCAUGGUUGGGGAGGAGGUGGAGUUUCCCUGCUAUCUAAUAUCCAAACUGGAUGCAGAAGACAUGCAGAUACGUUUUUUCCGGAACAAAAUCUCUGAAAUCGUCCAUGACUACCAGGAUAGGCAGGAGCUAUUCAACAGACAGAUGGUACAGUACCAGGGCCGGACACAAUUAUUGAAGGAUUACAUACAGGAAGGAAGUGUGGCCCUACGUCUCCUCCACAUUAUUCCUGCUGAUGAAGGUCAAUAUGGAUGUCUCUUUCAAUCCAAGGACUUCUCCAACAAUGCUACCUGGGAGCUGGAAGUUGCCGGGCUGGGCUCUGAUCCAAAUAUAUACUUUGAGGGUUUUGAAGAAGGAGGCAUCCGACUAACGUGUAGUUCCAAAGGCUGGUACCCCAAACCAAAGGCUAUAUGGAAAGAUUAUCAAGGACAACAACUACCUUUCCUGUCAAAAACUAUAACCCAGGAUGCUCAAGGACUGUUCCACUUGGAAAUGUCUGUGGUGGUCAAAGAGGGAGCCCAUAGCCAUGUGGCUUGUUCUAUCCAGAACACCCUCCUUGUGCAAAAGAAAGAAUUUACACUUCAUAUAGCAGAUGUCUUUUUACCAAAAAAUUCUGUGUGGAGAGGAUCAUUCAUCGGAACCUUAAUGGGGCUGGUUAGCCUUCUGGUGCUCUGCAUGAUUCUAGCAUUAUAUUUCUUCCAGAAGCAACGAAGAUCCAAAGAAAAACUGAGAAAAAAGUCAGAGAAAGAAAAAGGAAAAUUCACAGCUGAGCUGGGUAAGCUUCAGACAGAAAUAGAUUGGAGAAGGGCAGAAGGACAGGCUGAAUGGAGAGCAGCCAAAAGAUAUGCAGUGAAUGUAACUCUGGAUCCAGAUACUGCUCAUCCUGGCCUUAAUGUCUCUGAAGAUGGCAAGAGUGUUUUCUAUUGGAAUAUUAAGCAGGACCUGCCAGAUAACCCUAAGAGAUUUGAAAACCAACUUUGUGUCCUAGGUCAGGAGGGUUUCAUUUCAGGGAAGCACUACUGGGAGGUAGAGGUGGGGGAGAAAAGCAGGUGGCUCUUAGGUGUGUGUUCUGACUCAGUGGACCGCAAAGUAGAGGGAAAACUAUGCCCUGGGAUGGGUUACUGGGUGAUAGGACUGUGGAAUGGCUGUGAGUAUUUUAUCUUCAAUCCUCAUCGAGUAUCUCUAACAUUGAGAGUGCCUCCCAGGCGAGUAGGGGUCUUCUUGGACUAUGAGGCUGGAAAGGUCUCUUUCUUCAACGUGACUGACAAUUCCCACAUAUUCACCUUCACUGACAAAUUCUCUGGGACUCUUCGCCCCUAUUUUCGACCCCGAUCCCAAGAUGGAGGAGAACAGGUCAUUCCUUUGACCAUCUGCCCAUUGCCCAAAAAGGGUGAUAGAGUAGCUGCUGAAGAUGAUGAUUGUGACACCUGGUUACAACCUUAUGAUUUAUCAGAGAGUGCUGAAAUUAGGAUCCUCAAUACCUUUGUAGAGUAACUUUCUCAAAAUGUGCAAUCUGUGCUUUGGGGAAAUCUCCACCAUUCAAGUCUCCCAGGAAGCAACAAAGCUUAUAUCAGCACACAAAUACUAUGUAGUCAGUUCAGAAUUAUCUAUAAUCAUGGAAGAGGAGAAGUCAUACUGAGUGGAGGGCAUUAUUCAUGCGAUUUGGCUAAUACUUUAAGUUCCACCUGCUUCUAGCCCCCUCCUCCCCAAUCUUUUUACUAGAGUUGUUCAUGGACUAAUUAGAACUUUACCUAUAUCCCUGCUCCCCACUCUGGCUUACUGACAUUCCCACUCGCUGGUCAUAAUAAGUCAUCACUAUGUCAAAAGAGCAGGCAGCAAAAGGGAAAGAAAAGAGAGGGGUAUGGAUAUUCAUAAAAUAAACAUUCUCUAUUCUAGAUGAAAAAUAAAUAAAUGAUAUAUUUAUUAGAUAUUCUUAAUGAACCAAAAAGGAAACAUACUGAUUAGUCAUAAGCAGUUAACUAUCCUACAGGAACAAUGCGACUGUUACUUAAACAAUAUGUUGUGGAUUCAUUUUUAAAAGAACAUCUAUUGCUAAAGGUUUGGUAAUAAGAAAGGUUUUUAAAAUUAAAAGCAUUUUUUUUUAAA